AAGGCAUUUUAAAUCGUCAAGUUACUAAUUGGGCAGGACAAUUAAGUAACAACAGUUGCUUGCUUUACUGUGGUUGCCAAGGUUAUAGUUAUGCAUACUUUAAAUCAUCUGAAUGCUGGUGUGGUGAUAAUAUAGAAAUAUGUCAUCAAUGCUCUCAGGAUGUACUUGAGAAGAAGAAUGCAGAAGAUUAUAGUAGCUCAUUUUCAAGUUUUGUUCCAUCUAAUGUUGAUUUUUAUGAUUUUUUGUAUUUGGCUUCUAAUAAUCUGCCAACCACUGUUUCAAACACAAUUGUUAUAAAUAGAAGAGCUACAUUUACAAAUGCUGGCUAUUUUUUAUUUCCUUACCCAGGAAGCUAUUUUGUAUCUACUUUAAUGAAUGGACCAGAAUGUUCCAGUGAAGAGCAUAACAUUACUGUUACAGCAGUUGCAAAUGUUACUUUAUUUCUACCUCAACAAAUUGCUUACAAUGCUACAUCAUUAGAUGUUGAUAUUAUUAUUAGUGGAACUGACAUCUUACAUCUUAAUGUUUCUGUGUUUUCUGUCUCUGGAGAGAAAAGCUCUGUUCUUUUUUCAAAAAUUUUUCCUAAUGCAUCAGGAUCAAUAUAUUUACCUGUUGGAGGAGUGAUGGAGACAGAUAUGUUUAAGGUUUAUGAAACAGGUCCUGCUGGACCUUAUCUUUCUGUAAAUUUGGAUCAUCAAGUUUUUGAAGAUGGAGAAAUAAUAUCUUUUGAAGGUCAUGUAGUUGCCUUAGGAAAGAUAACAUUUGUUGUUUUAGAACUUUUUUGCAUUGAUCCAAAUCUUGUUGUUGAUUAUUCGACAAAAUCCUGCAUUAUUAAUGGAAAUCAAAAUCCUUAUUUUUAUAAUAGUUCUAGUAUAAAAAAAGAUCUUUCUGGUGGAUUUAUGGAGUUUUCAUUUUUGGGUUAUCCCACAACUUUAAAUACAGAUCUAAGAGUUUUAUUUGUUUAUUCAGUUAAUGCAACUGUGUAUGGAAAUCAAGUAUUUCAACUACCAAAAAAUAUGACUUUUAAUGUAUCAGCUGGACAGGUUAUAGGCUGGUUAUCACCUGAAAAAACAUCUGGAGUGCUUGGGAGAUAUGAUCAAAUCGACCAAACACGUUAUCCUACUGUUUAUUUUAAAAGUAUUAUUAAUGUCGCUGUUGGAGAUACUAUUAGUAAAGCACUUGUUUCAUCAUCUGAGCUUUAUGAGCAUAUGUUGCAGAUGCACAUUGAAGUAAAAGCAAGAUACAGAGUUUUAAUUGAAUCAAAUUUUUCAAAUGGUGGUGAUAUAGUAUCUUAUGCUUCAGUGAUAGCAAAUAAUGGAUAUGAAGCUCUAGCGCGUAAUGACUCUUAUGUUGUUUUUCCUAUUACUGGCUUUAAUGUGACAUCUAAAACUUUCUUACUUAAAGAUGAGGUUUUUAAUCUGUCAUUUAUAUUUGCAACUGGAAAAAAAGGAGCAAAAAUUUGCAUUGAUUGGGGAGAAGAAUACAACCAAACGGAAAUGAAUUGCGAUGAAACAACUGAAUUAGAUGUCACAAAUCAUUCUUAUAGUAUAGGGGGUAUUUACAAUAUUCAACUUCUUGCUUAUUCACAGUAUUUUUUUCAAGAAACUUCAUUGGAUGUUUUCGUUUAUUGUAAUUGUGAUCAGAAACUUAUAAACAUAAAUGCAAGUUCAGAUGAAGAUGUUUAUUUACUAUCAAAUGUUGUUUUAAGUCUUCAACCAAUAGUUAUUAAUAUUUAUUUUUCUGGAUGUGGAGUAGGUUAUUUAAACUACACAAUAACUGCAGUCCAAUAUAACGUUCCUGAUAAUGUUAUUGAAGGUUCACUGUUAGUAUUUCUUGGUGAUGACUCUUUAUUUACUAUUGAAAUACCAGGUUUCUCUGUUUAUGCUAAUAUAACUGCUGUAGUUUUCUUAGAUAAUCUUAUUCAAAGAAACCAAUCUAUUUUAUACUUGGAAAGUAUUGUUCCACUAUCGUGUUUACCAAUAAAUGACUUUGUUUUGGAGACAAAUCAAUCUAUGGAAAUAUUAGUAAAAACAGAAGGUACACAGGAUAAUUGUACUAUUUAUUGGGGAAAUUCAUCUAUUAGUUUUCAUAAGAGAAAUAGUUUGUCUGAUAUUACCCCAAUUUCUGUUAAUGUAAAUUAUAGUGUUGCAAAGACAUACACUGUUAAUAUAUUAUGUCAAAAUAAACUUAGUCAAUGUAACAGCAGUUUUCAAGCUUUUAUACAAGAUCCACCAAAUGUUACAGUAUUGUCACCUGAUGUUUUAUUUCCCUCAGAAUCUAAAGCAUUUUUCAUAGUUUAUAUUGGAACUAAUCUUACUAUAAAAGCCAUAUGGUAUUUAGCUGAUGGCAGCAUUAUGGAAACUCAACCAGCUGUUGGAAUAAAUCCUAAUACGCCAAGAAAUUUAAGUUUUCCUUACCAAUUUAAAAAUGUGAUGGGAGUAUCCAGUGUAAGUAACUUAACAUUAGGUGCUCACAAAGUUUGUUUGAAUGUUCAUAAUGAGAUCAUGAAUUCAUUUUAUUGUUCUAAUCACCGUGUGUUGGAAAACGUUCAAGCUCCGCUAAUACAAGUAGUUAAUUUAGAUAAUAAUGUUACUAAUUAUUUUGAACAAAAUGAAAUAUUUACAAUUCAAAUCUUGUACUUUGAUGCCAACAAAAACAUAUCUUAUACAUUUAAUUUUAGCGACGGUACAGUUGUAAAUACAACUAAUUCUUCAAUAAAAUACUCAUAUCAAAAAUGGAAAAUGUGCUACUCUGUUGAAGUAACUGCCUGGAAUAAUCUAUCUAAAGCAUCUAAUUUUACUGACAUUUGUGUUUAUGAGCCAGUUAUUAAUAUUUCAAAUGGAAGUAUUAAUGCAAGCUCACCUGAAAAUUCAACUGAGAUAAUGAAUAUUAUAUUUACCUUUUCGAAUGGCUUCCCAUUUAACUGCACUGUCAAUUAUAACGAUAAUAGUGCGGAAAAGUUCUUUUCUUCUGACACUUUAACUUCUUCUUUUUUUUCUUCUUCUACAUCAGAAAAAAUUGUUGAUAUAUCACAUCAAUAUGAAAAACCUGGUAUUUACAAUUUAACAGUACUUUGUGUCAGUCGGCUUUAUACCAACAUCUAUUUUGCUGAAGUAAUUUCUGAAAACUAUGUAACUAGACCUUCACUCAACAUUAGAGCUCUAUGUUUAAAUGGAUUUAAACUUAUUGAGAAACCUCCUAUAUUUGAUAUUGCAUCAAACAUGAUACUUCCUUUUGGAUGCAACAUUUCGAUAUGUACAAUGGAUCAAUAUGGAACAAAUGUCACAGUGAAUAUUAGCAUUUCAGUUGAUGGGGUCUAUGCUGAAAGUCAAUUGAAUCAGGCUAACUGUGUAGUGUUUCCUGUCCAUUCUGAUAAAGAGAAAUCUUUAUUAAUUUUUGAUGUAUUUUCAAAAAAUUCUGUCAGUCAGAAUUAUAUUCAAUAUAAUGCAAGUAUUUUGCAAAAAGUGUUGGGUUUUAAUGUAACUCUAACAAACACACCAAGCAUUAGUGUUCCAGCAAAAAUUGAAAUUGUUUACUUGAAUACACCUGGAGAUGCUUGUGUCUCUGUUAAUUUUGGAGACAAUUCACCUACAAUUUCUAGUCAGCCAAAUUUAUUAGUAUUUGGAGAUUAUUUUUGUCAAAAUUUAGAUGAAUAUUUGGGUUUUGUUUACAAACCAGGUAAACCAAUUGGUGGAGAAUCUCUUAUUUUGAGUCGUCAAUUUAAUAUAGGAGGCUUAUAUCAAGUAAUAGUUACAAUUAAAAAUGUUUUAUCUAAUUAUACUGUAGUGUUACCUGUAAAGGUAGUAGAUUUUCCUUGUUUUCCUGCUAAUAUCAGCUUUUUGAGCUCUGUUGGCUCUAAUUUUAAAGAAGCAGAAGAGGCUGCACAGUUUCCGAAGUGUGAAAAUAUCACAUUUAAGUUCAAAGCAUUGCCCAAUUGUAAAAGACCUAAUGUAACUAUGAAAAAAUUGGUAACAAUAUCAAAAGUUGACAAUAUUUCAAUGUCUGUUUCAAAACCGUUGUUGGAAACAGAUGAAUCACUUUAUACAAUAUAUGGCAAUCUUGGCUAUGGAUGGUAUCAAAUUGAUUAUGAAGUUAAAAUGGUAGACACAAAUGAUGGACAUACUAUUCCAGAUACUCUAACUUCUAUUCACGGUUUUUUCUCAAUCAUACCAUGCUCAUUGCGAAUCAAAAUUAAAGAAGGAAAUGGAUUCACAGCAAAAAGAGGAGGUCUUGUAUAUAUAAAUGCUCUCAACAGUUCUGACCCAGAUAAUUCCAAAGCUAUUUUAAAUCCAAAAUGGUUUUGCUCACCAUGUAAUAGUGUAAAUGAAAGUAUUAUUUUUAACACAGUUAAAAAUUUAAUGUAUCCUAUACCAAAAGUUGCUUUUGACGAUCCAAACUUUGUUGGGUGUUUUGGAAAAGAACCUUUUGUUGGAAAACUUUCAGACAAAGGUCAUAAUAGUCUGGUUUUGCAACUGGAUACAAGUUUUAUGAAAGCAGGGUGUUAUGAUAUAUGGUUAUUAUUGUCAGUUAAUGGUGAUACUAAACAACGAACAAAGACAGAUCAUGUUCAAUUGACUUUAACGGAUACUGAACCACUUGUACCCCAAAUUAGAUGCAAAAUGAAUUGUCUUGAAAAAAUAAAUCCUAAUUCAAAGCUUACUUUUGAAUCAGUGCUAAUAAAUAAGGAAAGCUGUAAUCUGGAAAAGCAGUCCACGACUAAAUUUAAUUGGGCAAUUCUACAAAAGUCUGACAUCCAACAAAAUUUGUACGAAGAUGUUACUCUGAAUUUUUUUGAUCAAUCGUUUACAGGGUUUCAACAGCAAAAUUUGGUUUUGAUGGCUAAUGCUCUUUCUUAUGAUUACUCCUACAAAUUUAAGUUAACUGCUGUAUGCGAAGGGCUUACAGUUGGUUCUACAGAAAUCAAUAAAGAUUUAAAUACUCCACCAGAUGUAUCUAAUGCAAGCUGUAGCCUCAACCCACAAAAUGGUUCUGCAAUGGAUACAGAUUUUGAAAUAAAAUGUUUUGGAGUCAGAGACAAUGAUUUACCCUUAACAUACAGUUACUUAUAUCGCUGUGGUGAUAGUGAUGCAGUAUGGGAGGAUUUGACACUUCCAAGUUCAGUAUAUCCUCCAAUAGUAGGAAAGUUAAAAUUACCAUGUAACGUAUCUUCCGUUAGUAAAGAUUGUCAAGUUAAAGUCAUUGUAAAAGACAGUUAUGGAAUGUCCUCACAGCCUAUAUUUGGACCAUCUAUGAUUGUUAAUGUCAAAUGUCCAGCUAGUAUACAUCCUCCUUCGAAUGUACUUCGUAAGAAAAGAGGGAUCAGUGGCGAUGUCCCUUUGUGUGAAAAAAUUAAUGAUACUAAUAUCAAGUAUGACCAAGGAUUAUUGACUAAUUACAUGGCUGUGUUAAACAAAAUGAUUCCUUUCCUAAAUCCAACUGAUAAAGAUUUUUGUCAAAAAAAUGUGCAAGAAAGUUUACGCCAUGUAGAAGUUGAUUCUCCAGAUAGUGCUUUUAUUCUGCUAUCAAAUAUUGUUUUACCACCAUCACCACCACCAUCAUCAUCAACAUCAAAAAAUAGUAGUUCUACUCUAUCAGCUGCUGAACAAAAUAAAAUUGAAAAAGCUAAAGCAGAUGCAGCAGUUCAACUGUUAGGAACAAUGAAAAGUACAUUAGAUGUUCUUGAUAAAUUUACACCAGAGCAGCUGUCAGCUUUUGCUAACAUGGUGUUUUUUAUGACAGCUAUGCUAACUGGCGAUUUAAAAUCUGGAUCGGCUGCUGAAGCUGUAAAAGCUGCAAUGGAGAUUGAGACAAGAAUUUCUUUCCUUGCAGUUUCACAAAUGAGUGUAGGAGAAGCUCCUCAUGUACUUGCUACAUCACUUGGUGAAAUAAGCAUGAGGAGUAUUGAUUCCACACAGCCAGCUUCUUUUGGUGGUUUUUCAUACAGUAGCUUAGGAGACGCAACUUCUGGAGGUGGUUUUGGAGCUGUGAGUUCAGUUGGCCCUAAUCGUUAUUCUUAUGACAAAUCUGCUGAAAACAUCAAAGGAUCUGUUUUAGGGCUGUCUCUUGCAGAUAAAAAUGGGCAGGCAAAGAAAAUUGCUAAUCUCACAAAACCAAUAUAUAUUGUUUUAAAUAAUACAGAAAUACCUCCUCCUAUUACGAAUUUCACAGCAUAUUGUCAGUUAAUGCGAGAUAUACACAGAAUUGAUGCUACUGUAAACUCCUCUGUAAUUGUAGCUUAUGUUCGACCAGUGCUGAAAAAUUUUACUGGAAAUUUUUUUAUAUUUUUAAACAAAGGUACUGCACCUUCAUUAAUAGAUCACCAACUCAAUUGUACUCUUCCCAAUCAAGUUCCUGAUAACUGGGAUAGUAUGACAGCAACAGAGCAAUGGUAUUGGAAUGUAGAAAAAAAGUGGACAUGUUUUUGGGAUCAAUCUGUUCUAAAUGGAACAGCUAUAGGAAUUUGGUGUGCUGGUAUUGUAUUCUAUUACAACAACUCACUGACUACUAAACUAUUGCCAUUUUCCGCACUUCCAUCUGAUGAUAGCUGUGAUACUCCUGUAAAGUAUUACUAUCAAGCUUACACAAGAAGUUGUUUAUUUUGGAAUGAUGCCAAAAAUACAUGGGACGGUGAAGGAUGCACAGUUGUUGAGUAUGAGACAAACAUCAACCAAACAAAGUGUGCAUGCAACCAUUUAACUAACUUUGGUGGUGGCGGACCUUUUGCUUCUCCAGAGCCUAUUAAUCUCAGUGCCACACUUGCCAAUAUAAAUAUUGCUGAUAACCCUGUUGUAUUUUCAGUUAUGAUAUCAAUCUUUUGUUUGUAUAUAAUUUUGUUAGUUUGGGCAAGAAGAAAAGAUAACCAGGAUUGCUUAAAGUCUCAGAUAAAUUUGUUGCCAUGCAACCAUCCAAACGAUACAUAUUUCUAUGAAAUAAGGGUUCAAACAGGUUUUAAAAAAGGCUCUUCUACAACUGCUGAUGUUUUUUUGACAAUUUUUGGCGAAGAAGGAGAAACUCCGCCAAGACGGUUAUGCAGUAAUUUGAAAAAAUGUUUUCAGAAUGGAGAAACUGAUAUUUUUUUUAUGUCUGUGCCAAAAAGUUUAGGAGAACUUAGAGAAAUCGAAAUUAGACACAACAAUGGUGGUCAUUCACCAGGUUGGCAUUGCGUUCAAGUUUCAAUAAAAAAUCUGCAAGAUCAGCAAGUUGUAGAAUUUAUUUGCAAUCGAUGGCUUGAUUUGAUAGAAGAUGAUGGUCUUAUCUGCAGAAAACUUCGACCUGCAGAAAAAGAAGAGAGAGAGAAUUUUAGUUAUUUAUUUUCAAUCAAUUUAAUUAAAAAUUUAUAUGAUGGGCAUCUUUGGUUUUCUAUAUUUACAAAACCAGUACUUAGUACAUUUAGUCGAUGUCAGCGAUUGGCUACUUGCACAACACUGUUGUUCACUACUAUGAUGACAAAUUGUAUGUUUUACAGAGGAGAUGAUAGUAAUAAGCCUUCAGACUCCAUCACAAUUGGGUUUGUCACUAUCUCUGUCGAUCAAUUGAGAGUGGCUUUCUCGAGUAUUGCAAUAGCAACUCCAUUUAACCUUAUCAUAAUUACCUUGUUUAAAUAUGCUGGUCCUCCAAAAACUCUGAGACACCAAAAAUAUGAAGUCUCUCAAAACUCAAAAAAUGGUUUGUCUACGCAAUCUUCAUUGUAUGUAAAAAUUAUAAAAUUUUUUCAAUCAAUUGUAUUCUUUGGAAAAGCAGAAGAUGAAGAAGAAAAAUCAGUCAAAAAAUCUAUGCCACAUUGGUUAAUUUACAUAGGCUAUUUCCUUGCAUUUUUAACAUGUGUAGUUUGCGCUUUUUUUAUUUUUACUUACAGUAUGGCUUUUGGUAAAGUUAAAGCAAAUAAAUGGAUGGUUACUAUGACGUUUACCUUUUUACAGUCUAUUUUUAUUGUUGAAGUUAUAAAGGUGAUUCUUCUUUCUAUUUUUUUUUCAUUUGUACUAAAAAAGACACCAAAAACACAGCCAUAUGAAACUAAUCCACUCAAACAGAACCAGCAAGAAAUUGCUGCAGAUUACUCGGAAGAGUUUGUCAAAAAGUUAGAAAAAGAAUAUAAAAUACCUGAUACAAGAAAGCUAGAAGAAGCAAAAAAAAGUAGACUGAAGGAUAAAGAAAUCAAGAUAAUUGUAAAAGAAAUUUUAAUCCAUGUUUUACUGCUAUCUCUAUACUUCACAGUUGCAUAUUCAGUGUUAGAUCCAUCAGCUGCUAAUUUGUAUAGUUCUGUCAAUCAGCUUUGCACAGAGAAUGGUCUCCUUAAUUCUCCUGAUAUACCAACUGCUGAAGGGAUUGCAUCUAUAACAGAUUGGUGGGAUUGGAUAAUCCAUUCAGUUGUUGGAUAUUUAUUUCCAGAUGGUUGGUAUAACAAAAUGAAAUAUCAGGAAGGGUUUGCAGCUGAUAAUGCAGCUUCUAAAGUACUUUCAAUGGCACGAAUUAGACAAAUUAGAGUAAAACCAAUGUCAUGUGAAAAACAUCCAGUUUUUAAGUAUUUGAUUGAUCAAUGCAAUGCAGCUUACAGUUAUAAUGUAGAAGAAACAGAUAAUUAUAGAGCAGGUUGGUUACCUCCUUUAAAUAAAACUGAAAUAUUUAGAAGAAGGAAAGGAAAAAGAAAAGCAAUAUGGAAAGGUUUUGAAGAUCCAUGGUUAUAUCAAAGUUCAAGCAUUUUAAAUAAUCCAUUUCCAUUUACUGGAAAAUUUGCUGUCUACUAUGGGUCGUCAUACUCUGUCAAUAUUGGGCCCAAAAAAAUUUUUGCAAAUCGCAUUUUAAAUACAAUGAAAAAAAACUUUUGGGUAGACAGGUACACCAGAGCAAUUUUUACUGAAAUGAAUUUAUACAAUGCCAACACAAACAUGAUGCUGAUUGUAACUUAUUUGCAUGAGAUUUUACCCACAGGGGGUUGGAAUUUUUACUCAAAUAUUCAAUCUCUGCGUUUGUAUCGAUAUAAUGGGGGACUGGGACAAAUCACUAUUUUGUUUGACCUCGUUUUUUGCGUUAUUGCUUUCGUGCAACUAUAUAAAAUUUUUAAAGCUGUUCGACAAAAAAGUUUUGCAACUUAUAUUUUUAAUGUUUGGAAUUCUUUUCAUGUCAUUGUAACUAUUUCUUCAAUUAUUGCAAUUAUUGUACAAGUUGGGCGCAUGUUUGCUGUCAAAUCGGCAGUCGCACUUUAUCUUCAAGAUCCAGAAAUUUUUGUUAGCUUCCAGUAUGUUGGUAUUUUGGAAUAUAUUUUUCAAGGUGCAAUUGGAAUCGUUUUAUUUUUUGUAACAUUGGAACUCAUAAGAAUUCUUCGCUUUAACCACAAAAUUAAUAGAUUAACUAAAAUUUUUGGUAUCAUAGGGAAUCCUCUUGCAUCAUUUGCUCUUCUUUUUUUGACAGUUUUCAUUGCUUAUGUAUCGCUAGCCUACUUUUUAUAUGUCGCAAAAUUAGAAGAAUAUGCGACUUUUGUAUCAAGUUUUGUAAAUUUGACGCAAAUGUUUCUCGGAAAGUUCAGUGUUCAACAAUAUUUUGACAAUGCACCUGUAUUCGGACCUUUACUAUUCGCAACCUAUAUGAUAUUUAUCACAAUGAUUAUGAUUAAUUUGUUUGUUGGUGUGAUAUGCGGCGGUUUUGUGGAGAUGCACAAACCAGAGGAAAAAGAACCGGCAAACGUUUUAGAUUUUAUAUCAACUCGUGUAAAAAGUAUUGCAUCAGGAUCAGAAGUUGUUCAUAAUCCAAUUUAUUUGGAAUGGGCAGAUGAUUGGGAUAACUUGAUUUCGGGUUUUUCAGAGUUAUGCGACAAUUGUAUAUACAUGAUGCGAAAUAUUGAGAAUGAAAAUUUACGCCAUAUUAAAUUUUUUGAAAGUGCUGAUAAAAAAAAGAAGAAUCUGUUAAAAACUGUGCUUAGUUCUGACCUAUUGAUUUAUGAAAACGACUUAUGCGAUGGUAUAACUAUGUUAGAGCGUAAGUUAAAAGAAAUUUCUACGGAUGGUGCACAUCUUUCAAUAUCUGAAACGCAAUUUUAGGCUAAUUAAAUAUUAUGUUGAGAGCAAGCGACAAUAGUUUGCAAUAAUGUAUAAUACAAUAAGAAUCUAAAUGUAAUAUAAUAAUUUAAUAAUAUAAUAAAAUUUUUUACACUUUA